GGGUUUUUUUUUCACACACUCUCUCUUUUAAAUCACUACAUGCCUGCCCCUAAUUGGUUGUUAUCUCAGCCAGACCACCCUAACGACCAAUCUGAUGGGCCGAUACUGGGAGGUGGGUUGAACCUCCUCUGAUACACUAUUCCUUAGCAGGAAAGAGGCAGCUUUCUCUUUGAACAGGAAAAAAUAAAAAUAAAAACUACAGCAUUGCUAUUUACACACACUACGUUUUGAUUCGUAAACAGUAACGACAAAAAAAACACACUGUACGCCAAAAGCAUUAGCUUUAAGUUCAUAAAACCUCUACACACUUCCCUGCUACUAGUACAAUUGUCUUUCCGUUGCAGUCAGCUCUCAAACCAAAACACUGAUGUUGUAGAACAAGAAAAAAAAGGGCAGAUGGACAAGGCCUGGUUGGAACGGAGCUGAGUCUGUGGCGUUGAUGACAUUGUGCCAAGGAGCUGAAUUCAUCAACAGAAGAAAUGUCAGGCUGAGGAUCCCAAGGACCCUGGAGAAUUUGAAGCUCUGUUUCAGUGCUCAAUACGGUAUUGGAGGACGGUACUGGAGCACUCAGAAUUGAAUGCAGUCAAGACUAUCUGAAACACUGGGGUUGUUGGUGUGGCUGAAUUUUUCCUGGAUUUGAGUGGUAAAUUCAGAAGACUGAAGCCCAGGCUGACUGUCUACCUUUCACGGAGGCCCAGCCGUGAGAGGACAGAGGAAGGCACGUGGCGAAUCAUGACUGCCGACAAAGAGAAGGAUAAAGAGAAAGAAAAGGACAGAGACAGGGACAGAGACAAGAGAGACAAGAUGAGGGAGAGCGAGAACUCCCGUCCACGCCGGAGCUGCACUCUGGAAGGCGGAGCCAAGAACUACGCUGAGAGCGACCACAGCGAGGACGAGGACAACGACAACACCGGGGCGACCGCCGAGGAGGCCAGCAAAAAGUCAAAAAAGAAGGCCCAAAAAAAAAAAUCCCGCUACGAACGCAUGGAAAAUGGAGAAAUCACUUCCUUCAUCACAGAAGAUGAUGCUGUUUACAGACCAGGAGAUUGUGUAUAUAUUGAGAGUCGUCGACCCAAUACCCCAUACUUCAUUUGUAGCAUUCAAGAUUUCAAACUGAGUAAACGGGACCAUCUCCUUAUGAAUGUGAAAUGGUACUACCGCCAGUCUGAGGUACCAGAUUCUGUUUACCAACACCUGGUCCAGGAUCGUAACAAUGAAAACGAUUCAGGUCGUGAGCUUGUCAUUACAGACCCCAUUGUCAAGAGCAGAGAACUUUUCAUUUCCGAUUAUGUGGACACUUACCAUGCUGCUGCACUUAGAGGGAAAUGUAAUAUUGCCCAUUUUUCUGACAUAUUUGCCGCCAGAGAGUUUAAGGCCAGAAUGGACACGUUCUUUUACAUUCUGGGAUACAAUCCAGAGACGAGGCGGCUAAACAGUACGCAGGGAGAGAUCCGAGUGGGGCCCAGCCAUCAGGCCAAACUUCCAGAAUUGCAGCCCUUUCCCUCCCCUGAUGGUCAGGCAGUGACAGAAAAUGAAGAGCUGGUCUGGAUGCCUGGGGUGAAUGACUGUGACCUGCUCAUGUACCUUAGGGCAGCCAGGAGCAUGGCAGCCUUUGCUGGGAUGUGUGAUGGAGGAUCUACAGAAGAUGGAUGCCUGGCUGCCUCUCGUGAUGACACUACACUUAAUGCACUAAACACUCUACACGAGAGUAAUUAUGAUGCAGGAAAGGCUCUGCAACGACUGGUUAAAAAACCUGUGCCCAAGCUUAUUGAAAAAUGCUGGACUGAAGAAGAAGUGAAACGGUUCAUAAAAGGGCUGAGACAAUACGGCAAGAACUUCUUCAGGAUCCGAAAGGAGCUUCUACCCAGCAAGGAGACUGGUGAAUUGAUCACUUUUUAUUACUACUGGAAGAAAACUCCAGAAGCAGCCAGUUCCCGAGCCCACCGCAGACACAGGAGGCAGGCUGUGUUCCGCAGAAUCAAAACCCGCACUGCGUCCACACCCGUGAACACUCCCUCCAGGCCACCGUCCAGCGAGUUCUUGGACCUGAGUUCAGCAAGUGAGGAUGACUUUGACAGUGAAGACAGCGAGCAGGAGUUGAAGGGAUACGCCUGUCGUCACUGCUUCACAACCACUUCCAAGGACUGGCACCACGGUGGGAGAGAGAAUAUCUUGCUGUGCACAGACUGUCGGAUUCACUUUAAGAAGUACGGUGAGCUGCCUCCGAUUGAGAAGCCAGUGGACCCUCCGCCUUUUAUGUUCAAACCCGUCAAAGAGGAAGAGGAUGGAAUUAGUGGGAAACAUAGCAUGAGGACCAGAAGGAGUCGAGGCUCGAUGUCUACACUACGUAGUGGUCGUAAGAAGCAGACAGCUAGUCCUGAUGGUCGAGCCUCACCAACCAAUGAAGACAUUCGAUCCAGUGGCCGAACAUCUCCUAGUGCUGCAAGUACUUCCAGCAAUGACAGUAAGGCAGACUCCAUGAAAAAACCCAGCAAGAAGAUAAAAGAAGAAGUACCUUCACCUCUAAAGAGUGCCAAACGACAACGGGAAAAGGCCGCUUCCGACACAGAGGAAACCGAAAGGGUUACUGCAAAGAAAUCCAAAACUCAGGAGAUUAACCAGCCCGACUCCCCAUCAGAGUGUGAGGGUGAGGGCGAGGGAGAAGGCGAAGGGGAGAGUUCAGACAGCCGCAGUGUUAAUGAUGACGGAAGCAGUGAUCCAAAGGACAUUGACCAGGAUAAUCGCAGUUCCUCUCCAAGUAUUCCAAGUCCAAGGGACAAUGAGAGUGACUCUGAUUCCUCGGCCCAGCAUCCUGUAAUCCAGAAUCCGAAUGGCCCACCACCGCCUCCUCAAGCCCCUCUCCUACAGAUACCUGCCUCAACACCUCCAGUGUUGAGCGCAGCUACAGCAUCUUCCCAAGUCUCCUCAUCCAUCUCCCAGCCUUCCAUACCCCCACAGCCUCUGUCACAUUCUCUUAUCCAGCCUGCUUCUCAGCUGCAUCCUCAGAGGCUGCCUUCGCCUCAUCCGCCACUGCAGGCCUUAACUCAGGCGCUGACUCAGACGCAAGCUCUGCCUCCAUCUCAAGCCCCUCUCCAGCCUCAGCAGACUCCACUCCAUGCUCAGAUGCAUCCACUCCCUCAUCCUCUACAGGCCCAGCCUCACAUACAGCACCCACUGCCACCUCAGCCAUUCCCCACCUCCUCCUCACAAUCUUCUCAGUCUCAGGUUCCUCCACCUCCUCCACUUCCAUCUCAGCCACCCACUCCGGGCCACACCCAGCAGCAGCUGCCUCCUCACACUCCUCCUCAAGCACCACCCCAGCCCCCUAGAGAGCAGCCCCUGCCUCCAGCCCCCAUGGCCAUGCCUCAUAUCAAACCUCCUCCAACAACGCCCAUCCCUCAGAUGCCCAACCCACAGGCACACAAACAUCCACCCCACCUGUCUGCACCGCCUCCAUUCCCGCAAAUGCCUCCCAAUCUGCCCCCUCCACCGGCACUGAAGCCACUCAGUUCCCUCAGUUCCCUCUCUACCCACCACUGUCCAUCCGCCCACCCACCGCCGCUCCAGCUUAUGCCCCAGAGCCAACAGCUCCAGCUCCCGCCUGCUCAACCUCCAGUGCUUACUCAGUCCCAAAAUCUCCCAGCGUCCGCAGGUCAUCCUUCCUCUGCAUCUCACCCAGUUAUUUCCCAGUCCCCGUUCCCCCCACACCCUUUCAUCCCGGGAGGCCCGCCCACCAUGCCUCCUUCGUCAGCAUCAACGUCUGCAACGUCGACCUCCUCCUGUCUCCCUGGUAUGCAGCCGCCACCACAGUCUUCCAUCUCAACGCCUCUGCCUUCCACUGUGAGCGUUCCCAGCUCGGCGUCCUCUGCGGCCCCUCCUAUUCAAAUCAAAGAGGAGCCUAUGGAUGAGCCUGAAGAACCUGAGAGCCCACCACCUCCUCAGAGAAGCCCUUCUCCAGAACCCACUGUGGUCAACACACCAAGCCAUGCCAGCCAGUCAGCAAGGUUCUACAAGCAUCUCGACCGUGGUUACAACUCCUGUGGGAGAACGGAUUUCUAUUUCACCCCCCUGGCUGGCUCGAAACUUGCCAAGAAGAGAGAGGAGGCAUUGGAAAAGACCAAGAGGGAGGCUGAGCAGAAAGCAAGAGAAGAGAAAGAAAAAGAGAGGGAGAAGGAAAGAGAGAGGGAAAGGGAGCGAGAACGAGAGAGGGAAGCUGAAAGAGCAGCGAAAGCAUGCAGCUCAUCCCAUGAUGGGCGGAUGGGAGAUCCUCAGAUGGGUGGGCCUCACAUGAGGCCUUCCUUCGAGCCUCCCCCGACGACCAUCGCUGCCGUACCUCCAUACAUCGGGCCAGACACCCCGGCCCUGCGCACCCUGAGCGAGUACGCUCGCCCUCACGUCAUGUCUCCUACCAACCGCAAUCACCCCUUCUUCGUGUCCUUGAACCCUGCAGACCCCCUGCUGGCUUACCACAUGCCAGGCUUGUACAACGCAGACCCAGGCAUGAGGGAGCGCGAGCUGCGGGAGCGCGAGAUGCGCGACAGAGAGAUUCGGGAGAGGGAGUUGAGGGACAGGAUGAAGCCUGGCUACGAGGUUAAGCCCCCUGAGUUGGAAGGUUUGCACCCAGGUGCCAAUCCUAUGGAGCAUUUUGCAAGGCAUGGAGCCAUUACCCUUCCACAAAUGGCAGGACAUCAUCCCUUCGCUGCUUUCCAUCACGGUUUAAACCCCUUGGAAAGGGAAAGACUUGCACUUGCUGGCCCGCAGUUGCGGCCUGAAAUGAGCUACCCAGACAGACUGGUGGCCGAAAGGCUGCAUGCUGAACGCAUGGCGUCGGUAGCAAAUGACCCAAUAGCAAGGCUGCAAAUGUUCAACGUUACCCCGCAUCAUCACCAACAUUCACACAUCCAUUCACACCUACACCUACAUCAGCAAGACCCAUUGCAUCAAGGUUCUGGCGGUCCUGUGCAUCCACUUGAUGCUCUGGGAGCUGGUCCUCAUUUGGCACGGUUUCCCUACCCUCCUGGGACCAUUCCAAACCCACUGCUGGGACAACCUCCACACGAACAUGAAAUGCUCAGACACCCUGUGUUCGGCACCCCGUAUCACAGAGACCUGACCGGGGCUCUUCCACCCCCCAUGUCCGCAGCACACCAGCUCCAGGCUAUGCAUGCACAGUCCGCAGAGCUGCAGAGGCUGGCCAUGGAGCAGCAGUGGCUACACGGACAUCACCACAUGCAUGGAGGACCCCUCCCUGGCCAGGAAGAUUACUACAGUCGACUGAAGAAAGAAAGUGACAAGCAGCUGUAGUCCAAUGACUAAUGUGAAGGCAGUCAGAUAAGCUGGACAAAAGUUAUAUACAAUCGCAGUCCUUUUGGAAGGAACUCCGUUCAAUGUUAUUGGAACAAUUAUAAUAAAAAAUUGAUGGGAGAACUUUCUUUCUUUUUUUAUAUGAAGAAAAUGACUUUAGUUCAUAUAUAGUAUUCAUCAAGUAGAGAAGAUUCCUCAAGACUGUUUGUGGGUCCCUGCAUGGUAUAUUCUGAGAACUUCCCUGCAGUUUGUGUAGGUGCUAGAAUACAAGAUACAUUGUCACUGUGCAUAAUAAAAAAAAAAAAUACAGUUAGGCGAUAUAUUCAGAAUCUUAAGUGCUAUAUAAAGAUUAUACACUUAUUUUAAUACAUUGUAGGACGUUUUCAUAAUUUUAAAGAAAGCUCAACUCUGCAGCAUGGCUUUGAGUCUGUAAAUAAAAAAAUUAAAAAUAAAAGUAUAUUAUUAUUAUUAUUAGAUGUGGAUUCCUAACCAGACCUCCAAAAUGAUUGUUUUGAAGCAUUAUCCCUUUAUUUAAAAGGGGAACACAAUGGCAUUAAUACAGCAGGAAAACAGUUUAAAAGGCUAAUGGCAACAGUGUGCAUUAAAGAGGGUUGCAGGGAUAAUGGUAGAAUAAAUCCAGUGAAUACAAGUGUCUCUAAUUUUUAUUUUUAUGAUUAUUACUAUUCUCAUCCUUGAAGUUUGGCUUGCAAUGCCUUGUGGUCAUCCAUGCAGACAUCCAGUGGACCCAACAUUUUAUUUCUAUUAUUAUCAUUUUUUUUUAAAUCAGGUUAGUUUUAAUGUAACUUCAUACAUCUGUAAUCUCAAUAUGAGAAUGAUGAUAAAACAUUUUAGUGGUUUAUGUUAAUGUUUGUGUAUAUUGUGAGUUUUUUUUGUUUUAAACGAUAGCAUUUACCUGCCAUUAAACGUGUCAAGAGCAAAUAAAAGGUUCAGAAAAUACUGUCCAGAAGUGACAUAAUGCACUGGAGGUCUACAUUAAUGUGGAUCAGAGCUACUUUUUAAUAAAUGGUUAUAGUACUUACAGAACAAGUUUGUCAUAAUUGGGUUUAGAAAAAAGUAAUAGAAAUCUGCACUUUUAAAUAACUGUAUUCGAUCAUACCUUGUUUUUUAAAAAUACCCAAUACCAAAGUCAAAAGUCCAUUUUAAAGGAAGUUUAUAAUGAUACCUAAUUCAAUUUUAUUUAUUUUCUUGAAAGGAGUCAAAAUGCAGCACCUCUUUGAAGCAAACUACAAUGUUUAUAUGAAAUAAUGUGAGCCAGGUUACUGUUGUUGUUUUUUCUAUACGCAGUUGAAAAGUACCAACGACUCAGCUCUUUAAAAUUGUAAUAUUAUACAGGUUAACUUUAUAUCCGUCACAAUGAAAUGGUUUUUAAGAUGAUUAUUAUAUUAAUUGCAGUUAUUUCCUUUCUGCUGAUGACAGUGUUCACAUUUCUGCAGAGUACUUUUUUUUUAUUUUUUAAAUAAUAUAUGUACUGGCACCUUAUUCACUGUGACACACUGCAAUACUGGAUGAAGAUUCACAGUAUUGGUUAAAAACAAACCGGCCGUGGUGAGUCCUGGAUUUGUCUGCAUUUAAUGACCUGCAUUUCCUGUGGUGCGUAACUGUCCUUUUCCCUUUGAUUUGUUUUUAUCAAUAGCUGUAUAUUUACCAUUGUAGACUUUUAUUAUAUGUGAUGUUUACUGUCAUCAGACUGUCAGACCAUGUAAAAUAAUUUGUUAAUCAUCCCGUUUGUUUUUUUUUCCUCCUUCAUUCCCACUGAUUUACGGCGAUUAGCCGUAACAUGCUGUAAACAUUAGAAUUGGUUAAAAUAACUGCAUAUUCCAUUACCACCUGCUGUUUCAAGGCUUGCAAGUGUCAGAUGGCUCACUCGAAAGAACACCUACAACACAUGCAAGGAUUUUUAAUUUUUUUUUUUUUUUUUUUGCAUCCUGCUAACAAAGUGGUUUCUUCCUUCAAUGGGAUUUUGGAAGCUGCAAGUUGAGGAUUUAACUACAUCCUACAUUUCAUGUGGCAAUUUACCUGUUGCCAUGUUGCCAUGCAUUAUCCAUCACCAUGCAUUAGCAACAAUGUUCGUUUUCUUUCCUUUUUGCUUUAGUGUUACAAACCUAUGAUGUUCAGUGUUGUCGAUAGUCCAGCUUCUUGUUUCACAGCAGCGAUAGCAGAAUGUAAAUUCUGACUGCUAAAUUUAUAUAUAUUUCUUGAAGCUUAUUGUAUAUAUUAGUAGUCUGCCAUGGGAUAACACAAUGUAAACAAAAGUAGAAACUAAGAAGAUGUGAGUCCUGUGUUUUCUCCAUUUGAGUAUUUUGUAAUUUUUUGAGAAAUUUGUGGAAUUAAAAUAAACGUAGUUAUACCACAGCAA